AUGUCUUACAAACCCAUCGCCCCCGCCCCUAACAGCACCCCCGGCUCCAGCACCCCUGGGCCCAGCACCCCAGUACCAACAGCCGGAAGUGUCCCAUCGCCAUUCGGCUCGGUGCCAGGAGCCACUGCCCCUUUCAGACCCCUGUUUAACGACUUUGGACCGCCCUCCAUGGGCUAUGUGCAGGCAAUGAAGCCACCCGGAGCCCAGGGCUCCCAGAGCACCUACAUGGACCUGCUGUCGGUCAUAGAGGAGAUGGGCAAAGAGAUCCAGCCUACCUAUGCUGGCAGCAAGAGCGCCAUGAAGAGCCUGAAGAGAGGCAUCAUCCAUGCCCGGGCCCUAGUGAGAGAGUGCCUAGCAGAGACAGAGUGGAACGCCCGCACGUAA